AAUGCCGGUUAUUGGCAUUCCUCUCCUCACGAGCUGUCACGUUGACAGCUCGGCACUGAUGAUCAGUGCUCUGAUGAUCAGUGUAGCCCUGUCAGUGCCCAUCAAUGCUACCUGUCAGUGUCCAUCAAUGCCAGUGCCACAUCAGUGCCUACCAGUGCACAUCAAUGCCACAUAUCAGUGUCCAUCUGAGCUGCCUUUCAGUGCCGCCUAUCAGUUCCAGUCAGUGCUGCCGAUCAGUGCCAUAUAUGAGUGCUGCCUUUCAGUGCCCAUCAGUGCCACCUACCAGUGCCUCCUCAUCAGUGCAGCCUAUCAGUGCCCAUCACUGCAGCCUCAUUAGUGCACAAAAAUGAAGGAGAAAAAUUACUUAUUUACAAAAUUUUAUAACAGAAACUAA